AAACAACCCAAAUUAUCGUACAGGAAAUCAUUUCAUUGGAGCCCUUCAUCAGAGAGAAUCAUGUCGUCUUCUUGAUACGUAACAUAAUUGAGACACUCCACACUCAAGCAUACAAUGAAUUUGUCAAGAUUUUAGUCAAGCUUGAAACAUGAUUCAGGAUAUUGAAACAAGUCACUUUGAAGAUCUAAAAAAGUUGGCACAGUUACUAAAGACCGCUAUAGAAAUAGGAGAUACAGAAUUAGCCUUGAAAUAUACAGAACAUUUGGCUGCAAGUAAGAUCGCUUGUAAAGUGAAGGUUCUGUCCCGGUUAAGGACUUCAGGAGAUGAGGAAUUCAGCAUCAAGGUCCAUGUUGAAGACAUGGAUAAUAGUGGAGGGACUAUCUCCCUUAUGGUCAGACUAGCAGACACCAUCCUUGACCUGAAGAAUAAGAUGUUCGAGUUUCACAAGUUUCCGGUGGAGAUCCAGCAGUGGGUGAUUGGGAAGGUCAUGCCCAGUGACCUUGACACACUUAGACAGUAUAGUCUUAUGGAGGGCAGUGUCAUUUUUCUUUACCUCAUUCACACCAACCCAGACAUCACCAAGGGAACCAAGAUGAAUGAUGGGAUGCUACUCCAGAUCAUGGAACAAGAUUAUCAACAUGCUAAAGUAAAAAGGAAUUCAAUAGGUAAACCUAGCCCUGCUCCAAAUUCCCCAGCCCAAGUCAAUCCAAACUCCACCCCAGGGCUGCUUUUCAUAAACAAAGCCAUGGGCCGAAUGUCAAUCAGCAGGCCUGAAGGUGAAGGUCAAAUAUCAAGGGCAGCCACUGUUGAGGAAGAAGAACAUCUAUAUCUAUCAGACCUUCCAAUGGAUGGAGCAAGACCAAAGCUACCUCUGAUGGGAGAGUUGGGAAAAGUCAACAUGAUUGAUCACAAGAAGGUAGGCUGGACAUGUGGAGCCUGUACCUUUGUCAAUCAGCCGUUACGGCCAGGAUGUGAAAUCUGUGCUGGUCCUCGACCACCAGAUUACAAAGUGCCCCCAAAUUAUGUGCCAACUGAUGAUGAAAAGAGAAGAUUGCAACAAGAAUCGCUGGAAGAAGAAGAGGUAAAAAGGUAUGAGAACAAACGUCGUGAGAAACAGUUGGUGCGACGACAGGAGAACUUUGAGCGCCUCCUGGCAGUCGAAGAGCAGCACCUAGUAGGCAACACUGAGGAGAUUGACUGUCCUAUCUGUUUUGAUACAAUACAACCAGGCGAAGGUGUAGUUUUACGAGAAUGUCUUCACUCGUUUUGCAGAGACUGUCUCCAGGCCGCAGUCCAGCACAAUGAAGAGCCUGUCGUCAGAUGUCCCUUCAUGGAUUCAGAAACCGUCUGUAAUGCACCACUCCAACAGCGGGAAAUCAAAGCGUUGGUGCCAGUUGAAUUGUUUGAGAAGUACCUUCAGCGGAGCUUGAGUACAGCGGAAAGUCAGGAGAGAAAUAGCUUCCACUGCAAAUCACCUGACUGUCCGGGAUGGUGUAUCUACGAAGACAUGGUCAACUUUUUCCAGUGUCCCGUCUGUAAACACGAAAACUGCCUCACUUGUAAAGCCAUCCACACGGGACUGAACUGUAAACAAUACCAGGACGACCUGGUGAUCCGUGCCAAGAAUGACGAAGAUGCAAGAAACACACAACAGAUGUUAGAGAACUUGGUGAAAUCUGGCGAUGCCAUGUACUGUCCAGGUUGUAAAGUUAUUGUUCAGAAGAAGGACGGAUGUGACUGGGUCCGAUGUUCCAUCUGUAAACUUGAGAUAUGCUGGGUCACAAAAGGGCCAAGAUGGGGACCUUUGGGCACUGGAGACAUAAGUGGUGGAUGUGGAUGUCGUGUUGGUGGACGUCGAUGUCAUCCACAGUGUAAUAAUUGUCAUUGAACACAGUGAUGGACAUGGAUGUCGUGUUGGUGGAUGGACAUGGAUGUCGUGUUGGUGGAUGGACAUGGAUAUCCUGUUGGUGGAUGGACAUGGAUGUCGUGUUGGUGGAUAGACAUGGAUGUCGUGUUGGUGGAUGGACAUGGAUGUCGUGUUGGUGGAUGGACAUGGAUGUUGUUCUGGUUGAUGGACAUGGAUGUCGUGUUGAUGGAUGGACAUGGAUGUUGUGUUGGUAGAUGGACAUGGAUGUUGUGUUGGUGGAUGGACAUUGAUGUCGUGAUGGUGGAUGGACAAGGAUGUCGUGUUUUUGGAUGGACAUGGAUGUCCUGUUGGCGGAUGGACAAGGAUGUCCUGAUGGUAGAUGGUAGAUGUCUUCUAUCCAGUAUGGUUUAAUGCUGGUAUAUAUACCAUCAAUGACCUAAUUAAAAAUUCUGAUCAUUUGACAUUUUUCUCCUUUGAUGAGUUUCUUCAUAAAUUUUUAAUCAAUACCAACUAUUUACAGUAUUAUGGCUUGAUUACAGCCGUCAAGUGUUUCUUGAGAAAACAUGACUUCCAUCCAUUAGGACUAUUUCAGCCUUUUAUACCACUUCUAUGGGAAAUUUUUUAUAAAAGUCAAAAAGGUGCCAAAGACUUCUACAAUGCUGUUAUUAAACCAGCACCAACCCCUACUGGUAUUCGAAAAUGGAAUGAUGAGUUUGACUUUGAUGAUCAGAAGUGGAAAAAUAUAUUAAUAAUUCCGUUUACUAUUACAAAAAGUUCUAAGCUACAGUGGUUUCAAGUAAGGAUUAUACAUCACAUUCUGGUUACGAACUCCUUUCUUUUCAAUAUUAAUUUAAUUCCUAGCCCUUUAUGUACACUAUGUAAUAUGGAAAGAGAAACAAUCGUUCACUGUCUAUGGGAGUGUAUAGAGGUACAGACUCUAUUGGAGAGAUUUGAGUCUCUUCUUGAUAUUCUUCUGAUUCCUUUCUGGAUAAACAAAGAAACAUAUUUAUUUGGAAUUAUCCAUCCUAAUGCUAACACUGUAGAUAACGAAAUCUUAAUUCUCAUUAAACACUAUGUUUAUAUGUCAAGAUGUCUACAAAAAUCUCUUAAUUUAAAUGCUCUUAUAAAUAAGAUUAAGGAUCAUUUCCAUGUUCAAAAGUACAACAUUUCCAGCAAAAACACUAUUAUGAAAACAAAUUUUGAGAAUAAUUGGAAAAAAUGGAUGCUCAUUUUGGAACUAUAGUAUGUAUGCUAACAAGUCUGUUCCCAAUGGCCAUGGUCUUGACUUUACCAAACUGACUUUAAAUUUAUUGAAUUUCCACAAAAUUAGUGCUAUUUUUAUUUAAUAAUGAUUAUUACCCUCCCAUUUCUCUCUCUCUUUCCCUCUCUCUCUCUCUCUCUCUCUCUCUCCCUCUCUUUCCCUCUUUCGCUCUCUCUUACUCCUCUCUCCCUCUCUCUUUUUUUUGUUUAGGAUGUAUAAUGUUUUUUUUAUAUAUAUAUAUAUAUAAAUAUAUUCAUGAGUGAGUAUGUGAGAAAAUAUCUUUGAUAAGUGUAAGUGAUAUGAUAUUUUGUGUGUGUGUGUGUGUGUG